CCUAUCUCUUCUACUAAAUCAAUGGCUACUUUAUGCAUGGGUUUAGCUCCUAUUUACCAAAAUGCCUCUGUCCACAAGUCUCGUCUUCAACGUCCUCAGCGUUUCAUCUGCAAAUCUAUGUCAAAAACGAGGCCGGAUGCUAAUCAUGUUGACCUCCGACGACGAUCCGGCAACUAUCAACCUUCUUCAUGGGACCAUAGUUAUCUGCUCUCCAUCGAGAACAAAUAUGCGAAUGAAAAAGAAAGGAAGACUAGACAAGUGUUGAAGCAAAUAGUGAAGAAGAUGUUAGAUGCUGUAGAGACGAAGAGCCGUCUCGAGCAAUUAGAGCUCGUCGAUGAUUUGCAAAAACUUGGGGUUUCGUAUUACUUUGAGCUAGAAAUAAAUAACAUUUUAACAAAUUUUCAUCAUGAAAAUGGAAAAAAUACUUGGAAAUGUGACAAGGAAGAAGAUUUACAUGCAACAGCACUCGAAUUCCGACUUCUUAGACAACAUGGUUUUGAUGUCUCAGAAGAUAUAUUCGAUGUGAUCAGCGACAAAAUAAAAAGUAAUACGUUCAAGAGUGACGAUAUUAAAAGUAUCAUCACUUUGUACGAAGCCUCGUAUCUCUCCACGAAAUUGGAUACAAAAUUGCACAAAAUCAUAAGACCUUUUGCAACAGAAAAAAUAAGAAAAUUCGUUGAUGAUGAAAGUGAAACGUUAAACGUUGAGGUACGUGAGAUGGCGAUCCAUGCGUUAGAAAUGCCGUAUCAUUGGAGAAUGAGAAGGCUAGAGAUGAGAUGGUUCAUAGAUGCAUACCAGAAGAAACAUGACAUGAAUCUUUCUUUGCUGGAAUUUGCCAAAAUCGAUUUCAAUAUGGUACAAACUGCUCAUCAAGAAGAUGUCAAAUACGUUUCCAGUUGGUGGAAGGAAACAGGUUUGGGUAGUCAACUUCAAUUUGUAAGAGACAGAAUUGUUGAAAAUUAUAUUUGGACCGUUGGAAUGAUACACGAGCCACAAUUUGGAUAUGUCCGACGGAUCGUGGCUAUAGUUGCUGCACUUAUUACAGUUAUCGACGAUAUCUACGAUAUCUAUGGCACUCUUGAAGAACUAGAGCUCUUCACGGCUUUGGUUGAAAAUUGGGAUGUAAAUCGUCUGGAUGAGCUCCCCGAAUACAUGAAGUUGUGUUUUCUUACUUUGUACAAUGAAAUUAAUGCCAUGGGAUGUGAUGUUCUCAAAUAUAAAAAUAUUGACGUCAUACCUUUUUUUCAAAAAAUCGAUUUAUGUAAAGCGUAUCUACUAGAAGCAAAGUGGUACAAAGGAGGAUACAAACCAAGCUUAGAAGAAUACAUGCAAAAUGCUUGGAUUUCAAUUUCUGCUCCAACAAUGUUAAUCCACUUUUACUGUGCUUUCCCUGACGAAAUCUCGAUUCAAGUUUUGGAGUCUUUGGUCCAACAACGACAACAAGUCGUCCGAUGCUCUGCCAGUGUGCUCCGUCUAGCUAAUGACCUUGCAACUUCGUCGGAUGAAUUGGCGAGAGGAGACGUUCUCAAAUCGGUUCAAUGUUACAUGCAUGAGACUGGAGCUUCGGAGGAAGAGGCACGUGAGCACGUGCAGCAGAUGAUAAGACAUACGUGGAACGAGAUGAACUACGAAGCAAGAACGGCGACACGCAGUUCAUCGUUACUUUCUCAAGAUUUUGUGGAAGUUGCAAUGAACUUGGCUCGCAUGUCGCAAUGCAUGUAUCAGCAUGGCGAUGGUCAUGGCUGUCCCGAUAAAGCAAAGGUCGUUGAUCGUAUCCAAACACUGAUCGUUGAUCCAGUCCCAUCAGAUUAAAUUACACAGUAUAAUAAAAAAAAUUCAUGGUAACAAAACAAUUUCUAUUUUACUUUGUGUGGGAUCUUUUUUUUGUUUCGGUUUAAGUGUGUGUGGGAUCUUUGAUU